AUGUCUUUCCUGGCAGACUUUGAACCGGCAAUUAUUCAUUACCCAUAUGAUCAAGACCAACGUAAAAGGAUUGACAAGUUUGGAAUCACGAGAGAGAUCUGUUUCAGACUCUUUGGACGGAAGAAAGUUAAUGCAGUGGAGGAGGUUAGAAUUGAAAAUAAUUCAACGAGCGCCAACCGAAUGGAGGCCGCCGCAGUUUUCCCCAACUUGGCGAGGUCGUCUACUUCAAGAAUGAAAUAUAGCACUACUUCACCUUCCGAAACUCAAUUUCUUGAUCGCAAUCCCAUAGAAGGUGGUCACAUAAUGUACUUCGACUUCAAUUCGUUUAAGCACCUCUCGGUAAUAGCUCGAGGUGCUUAUGGCGAAGUGUCGAAAGCAUACUGGAACAGUGCCGAGAAAACUGUGGCAUUAAAAACGCUAUACAACGAUCUGGGCACGGAGGAAGACCAUUCCUUUGAGGAUUUUAUUAAAGAGGUGGGUAUUCGAAUAUUAGUGAGCAGUUUGACACUUGAAACCGCAGAAUUAGGGACUCACGAUCAUUUGAUCAAUUAG